GUACCAUCCAGACAUAAGCCUGGAGUGGAUGGUCACCCUGCAGACGGUCUUCAGCUCUUUCUUUCUCAUCGACUACAUCAUCAACCUCUUCAGUGCGUACUCAUGGUUUCAGUACAUGGUGUCGUGGCAGGGCAUUCUCGACUUCAUCUCCUUGUUGCCUCUCCUCCUCAUCCGCUUGAACAAGCAUGCGGGCACCAGCAACGGGGUGCGGCUGCCGCAGCUCCUCACCUUCCUCCGCGUCAUCCGCACCAUAUCAAUCGUGAAGGCGGCUCUCACCAUGCGCAAUGCUAUCGCCAAGGAGAUGAUAGCCCUUGGAUUUACCAUCUUCACCGUCUUGCUGGUGGGUGCGGGCCUGUUCCAGUACGUGGAGUAUUGGGACACAAGUCAGGCAUACAAGGAGAGCAUGGGUGCUUUUCCCUUCCUCUCUUUCCCUGCUGCCCUCCUGUUUCCUCCCCAUAUUGUUCCCCAAACCACCACAGUGCUGGUGGGUGCGGGUCUAUUCCAGUACGUGGAGUAUUGGGACACCACGCAAGCCUACAAGGUGGAGAAUGACUGCCCUGCCAGCGGCUGCACCAACUUCUUUGAUUCUUUCUACUUCAUGGUGGUCACGUUACCAUUCGUCUGCCUUUGCUCCAUCUACUUCAUCGCCCCCGUGCCAUGCAUCAUCUUACACCCAUGCACCUUCCCCAAUCCCCUCCUCCCGCACACAUCACCAGGGGGCGACGGUGGGGUACGGCGAUCGCCCGGACCGCCCCCGGACCAAGGCGCGCCCCCGGACCAAGGCGCGCCCCCGGACCAAGGCGCGCCCCCGGACCAAGGCGCGCCCCCGGACCAAGGCGCGCCCCCGGACCAAGGCGCGCCCCCGGACCAAGGCGCGCCCCCGGACCAAGGCGCGCCCCCGGACCAAGGCGCGCCCCCGGACCAAGGCGCGCCCCCGGACCAAGGCGCGCCCCCGGACCAAGGCGCGCCCCCGGACCAAGGCGCGCCCCCGGACCAAGGCGCGCCCCCGGACCAAGGCGCGCCCCCGGACCAAGGCGCGCCCCCGGACCAAGGCGCGCCCCCGGACCAAGGCGCGCCCCCGGACCAAGGCGCGCCCCCGGACCAAGGCGCGCCCCCGGACCAAGGCGCGCCCCCGGACCAAGGCGCGCCCCCGGACCAAGGCGCGCCCCCGGACCAAGGCGCGCCCCCGGACCAAGGCGCGCCCCCGGACCAAGGCGCGCCCCCGGACCAAGGCGCGCCCCCGGACCAAGGCGCGCCCCCGGUCGUAGGCGCGCCACCGGACCAAGGCGGCCCCCGGACCAAGGCGCGCCCCCGGACCAAGGCGCGCCCCCGGACCAAGGCGCGCCCCCGGACCAAGGCGCGCCCCCGGACCAAGGCGCGCCCCCGGACCGAGGCGGCCCCCGGACCGAGGCGGCCCCCGGACCAAGGCGCGCCGCCCCCGGACCAAGGCGCGCCGCCCCCGGACCAAGGCGCGCCGCCCCCGGACCAAGGCGCGCCGCCCCCGGACCAAGGCGCGCCCCCGGACCAAGGCGCGCCCCCGGACCAAGGCGCGCCCCCGGACCAAGGCGCGCCCCCGGACCAAGGCGCGCCCCCGGACCAAGGCGCGCCCCCGGACCAAGGCGCGCCCCCGGACCAAGGCGCGCCCCCGGACCAAGGCGCGCCGCCCCUGGACCAAGGCGCGCCCCCCCCGGACCAAGGCGCGCCCCCGGACCAAGGCGCGCCCCCGGACCAAGGCGUGACCCCGGACCAAGGCGCGCCCCCGGACCAAGGCGCUCCUCCGGACCAAGGCGCGCCCCCGGACCAAGGCGCGCCCCCGGACCAAGGCGCGCCCCCGGACCAAGGCGCGCCCCCGGACCAAGGCGCGCCCCCGGACCAAGGCGCGCCCCCGGACCAAGGCGCGCCACCCCUGGACCAAGGCGUGCCACCCCCGGACCAAGGCGCGCCGCCCCCGGACCAAGGCGCGCCCCCGGACCAAGGCGCGCCCCCGGACCAAGGCGCGCCCCCGGACCAAGGCGCGCCCCCGGACCAAGGCGCGCCCCCGGACCAAGGCGCGCUCGUGGAGCAAGUCGCUCGUGAGAAGAAAGAGCAAUGA